CAGACGCUAAUGAUAAGGACUACUGUUACUGUUAGAUCGAACACCGCGUCAUUCUUCACAAUCGGGGGCUUCUGCCAUGCGGUCGAGAACUCGGCUUGGUUGUUGGCCCAAGCCCAAGACUUCUCAGAAUGGUGCUACUAAGUAGCGAGCGCGAUUCAUAGGGAGUAAAAUAGCAGGGGCGCUGACAACAAUAGCGCGUUGACGAGUUCAUCGGCAGUUGGGCACUCUAAACCGAGACCGCUGCACUUCUGGGACAUAUAGCAAGAGCAAGCUAUUGUUGCUUGCUGCAGUGCGCGGCUGAAAGCGGAAGCACGUGGAGUCUGAAUGCUGGCGUUCUCUCAGCGAAAGCGCCUCGUUACGACGCCCGACGGACGCUCAGAAGCUGCUACGUCCCUUGCGCAUGUGUAUAGCUCUAGCGCUGAGGCGCCGGCGACUAAAAUCCUAUGCGCUUCCUGGUCAGCAGUCCAGCAACCUUGGUCUUCACCACCUGCUUCAGCGGCCCCUCCGCCAGUAGCCGGUGCGAUGGAGGCGCUGCUAUCGCGGCUGCCUGACGAGGCGCUGCUGCUGGCGCUGUCAUGGUCGGGCUUAAAGGGCUGCUCCAGCGCCGCUUGCGCUAGCAGAGCCCUUAAGGCCCACACGCGAACUAUCUUCUGCUCUCCAGACCUGGUGUCUCGCGCGCUAUUGGCGGAAUUCGGCCCCAACAGCGCAUUACGGGCGCUGGGCUCUGCCAUAGGGCAAAGCUUAGUACAUAGGCCAGGAGCUGGAGGCUUCAAGGACCCGUCAGACUGGGCGCACUUCCCGGCCCUUCAAGACGACGCCGCCCUGUCGGCCACGCUCGGCGAGCUUCUCCCUCUUGUUGGCGCGGGCGACAACACAAGCGCCCCUAAAGCCCUGGCAGCUCAACCGCCAGCUGCUGGCAAUGCGUCAGGCGCACAACAGGGUCCGGCGCAGCGGCUCGAGGCGGCGGCUGUUGGGUCACUCCUCUGUGCCGCAGCGGCUGCGGGCUAUGCUCGCGUUGCAGAUGUUGCCGUACGGCUGCUGCUGCGGCUGCCGUCAUCUGCAGGACCGGCUGCAGUCGCCCUAGGGCAGAGCGCCUGGGCAGGGACUCAGCCUCCGUCCUCUGCGGCCGCCGCCGCCGCCGCCACGGCUGUGCCUUGCUAUCUGGGCUCGGCGUUGCUGGCGGCGGCCCGCGGCGGCCACGCUCCCGUGGUGGAACUGCUGCUGCGAGCCGGGGCCGACCCCAACGCCCCUGCCUGCAGCUGUGGUGGCAACGGCUGCGGCGGUAUUGCUGGCGGCGAUGCAGCAGCACUGGCUGCGGCGGCGCCGGCUGGGAAACUGCCCUCAGGCGGUGCGUCUUCUGGGUGCUACGUUGGGCACCUUUCGGCGCCCGCAGGUGCCUUGAUGCAGGCGGCGCACAGUGGCCACAUCGACGUCGUCAAGCUGCUGCUGGACGCUGGCGCACAAGUCGACGGCGGCGACGCCGCCGCCACCGCCGGCGUCUUCACGGCCAGUGCCGCCGCCCCAGCGCUCCCUAGCCUGCCUGCGUUCGGCGGUGGCGUCCGCGUCGCUGCCGCUGCCGCUGCCGCGACCUUGGCGACUCCAGCCGCCGCACCGAACCUGUGGCCUGGCACGUGCCACGUUCCGCGAGGCACGCUGCCCCCGGCUCCAGCUUUGUCGCCGCCGAGUGCCGCAUUCAUGGGAUCCCUCCUGCCAAGUGCCGGUGGCGCCGCCGCCACAGCGCCCGCGGCAGCCCUGCCGCCGCUGCCCUCGCUGCUCACGCUGGGAUCGCUCCGCGCCUUCCCGCCACCGGCGGCGGUGCCGCUGCGCCCGCCGCAGGCCGCGUCUGUGGCAGUUGCUCUCCAGCUGAUGGCAGCAGCUUCAUCCACUACGGGCACUGGCAUGCCCCAGACGCCUGCUGUGCCGCCACCUGGUGCCGCCGCAGCUCUUGCCGCCACGGUGGCGACCGCGCAGCGCCCAGGGGCUCCCGCUCUGCGUGCUGCUGUGGCCGCUGCGGAUGCCCUGACCAGCCGUGUUCUGCCGUCGCUGCCGGCGUUGUCUACACUGCCGUUCCCCGGCGCCAGAGGUACGGACGGAGCCAGCAUGCUACCACCCGCACCGCCGCUGCUGCCGUCUGCAUCGCCGCCAGCUACGCCGCCGUCUCCGCUGCUGGCUGCGUGCCGUGCCGGUCACACGGAGACGGUGGAGCUCCUGCUUCGCCGCGGCGCCAAGGUCGAGGGCGCCGGCGCCGCGUCGGUGCUCCUUGCGGCGACCUCGGCUGUACCAGCAUCGGCUGCGGCCCCGAAAUCAGUUGCAGCACGCUCUACUCUGGCGUCGCGCUUCCCGCCGGUUCCCUUUCCGGUGGCUGUGGCGGAGGCUGCAGCUUCGGCGGCUGCCCGGCAUGCGGCUGCAGGCGGCAUGUUUGCAGAAGUGGGCGCAGCCGCAGCUGCAGCCGGUGGCGGCGGCGGCGCUGCGGCACCCAGGAGCAUGUUCGAGAGCGAUGGCGACGACGAUGAUUGGAAUGCUGACAGCGAUGACUGGGGUGCCGGCAGUAGUGACGGCGCCCCGGCAACGCCAGAUCAGCACGCCUGGGGCCCCAUCAGUGACCCUGGGUUCCUUCCAGACGGCAGGUCCCAGGCGGGCGUCAACUGCCCGCCCAAAGCGGGGGCUCUGCAGGCUCUUCUGGCCGCUCGCCCCCUGGAGCUCUCACGCCACCUUGGCCCCGCGCUGGUGGCGGCUGCUGCUUCCAACCGUGGGGCUGCAGUGGAGGCGCUGAUUGCGGCGGGCGCAGACGUGGGCGGUGCGGACGGCGCGGCGGCUCUGAAGGAGGCAGCCUACCAGGGUCAUCUGGGUGUGCUGCAGCAGCUACUGGCGGCGGGCGGUGCACGCCUUGUGGCCAGUGGCGGCGUGCGGGCGGCUCUGCAGCUGGCGAUGCAGUGGGGCCGCGCCGCCGCCGCCGAGGCGCUCAGCCGACACCUGAAUCACCAGAGUCAGCAGCAGCAGUCAACCGUGUCGGCGCUGGCAGUGGCGCCACCUCGUCUGUAUUUCUAAGACCAGUACCAAGGCCCGCUCCCGCAGGGCUGUUAAGGAACUGCAACCAAGCAACAAGAAGGCCGUGUGACAUGGCGCUGCCAAACUGGAUUGCAGCAACCCGCACUGUUGCGCUGUCAGUGUUCGAGCCUUUUACUUGAGCUCCAUGCCAACUGCCUUUCGGCAUGGCGCGGAGCAGAUCCAGAUUUAUUGCAGUAAUUGAUCCGCAAAGAGGUGGGUGGCGGCUUCAAUCGGAUACGAGACAGCGAGCGGGGAAAAGAGCUCUUGAGGGACGCAGCGGAAACAGCUCACGUGCUGUCUUUCUCAUGCCUCGCAAUGGGCUAUCCGGCGAGUAUGUUUACAAGUGUAUAAGUGAGAACGUUCACACAUUUCAUGGAACCCUGCCGUUUGUGCACUGGUUCGUGUUUGGCCUGUGAUAUGCUUGUGGGACUAUAGCUUUUACCUGGAGUGGAAUACCUUGGGCUUGGGCGCGACGAGAGGACUUGAAACUGGCAGGUGGAAUGUGCUACGGGUGCUGUGGUCACGUGGGCUUGACACGAGGGCCCACGGCGGCUUGCGCGCGGUGUGCGGGCCCUUGGGCUGGGAGAGGCGAAGCCGGAGUACAAAAAACGAACGAGUGAACAUGUGGGGAUACCACAUGCGACCUAAUCCGAUAGUAACGGUUCCGAGGUGCCCACGACCUGCAUGCUGCGUGUCAGGGUGUGUUGCUAAAGGCUUGGUGUCGCGAUGAGUUGUGGCGAUGGCAAGCUUAUGUGCCCCGCAGUGGCACUGCGUGAUGCGGUUGGAUGGCUGAGCAACAAAUGCGCAAGUGUUGUGCGUGCGCGGGGUGUUUAUGAUAGUCUUGCGUAUGGACGGCUGCUCUUCACGGCUGCUGCGCCGUGUCGUUCUGCUUCCGUGAACCCAAUUGAAGUGCGGUGUGCAAUGCGGUCUUGUGGUGUGCUGCCACAAAGCAUGCUCAGGGCGAUGCGCACAUUGCCGCACAUAUUAGGAAAAAGCCAAAACCCAAUAUCUAGCCUGAAGUAAAUCCUUCUGCGCAGUCCGUUGCUGCAUUCUUUGCUUGGCGAAUACGGCUGUGUUGUCAGUCUGGCUUUGAUGUUUCAUAGCUGACUGGGCAUGCAUGGGCUGUCCGUGCAGCGUUUCAAAUGCCACCGUGCAUAGCCACCAUGUCUGUGACUCCUCGUGACGGAAGUGUACCACGUGUUGCUGGGGUGCCGUACUGUAGUCGGCCUGUUGUGUAGAGGUGUCUGUGGGGUCGUAAGAAAGUUGCCCACUCGACCCUGGUGUGACCGUGGUGUGACAAUACAUCUAGUUCCUUUUCUGGGAUGCCGUGUUCGUAGUUAAUAAGGUAUAGAUACAUUUUUUGGCGCGUUGGAGAUGGAGCGCAGCGCCAAAGGUGGGCCGUUGGCUUGCAGUGUCGAGAGGCCCCUGAGGGCAACGCAACGAAGGAAAGAACUUUCGUGGGCCUUGCAUCGUGGCUGCAAGCGGCGGCAGGCCAAUCUUAUCGCUUUGCCUAACGAGUUAGUUGCUGUUGAAGGUAUGGAAACGAGGGCAUGGAGGAUGCAAUUGGCACAAAAAGCUAUCAUUGGAGUGCAGUACCCGGCGGCCGAGCGGGGUGGGUGAACGCAUGUCAGUUUGCGGCGCAACGGGUCACUGCCCCAGCUUGUCCACACAUACUUUCAUCUGAGGCAUGAUGGACGGGCUGCCUAUUCGGUGAGGCGAUGGGUUUCACUGCGCAGGCAGGGGAAGUCACGAGCGCCGAGCUAAGGAUCCUGGAUUUGAGCAACACAUGAGUUUCGGCACAAGGGAGCACUGGCGAGGCAGAGAGAAGCUGACGAGGGACGGAGCCGGGUGUGCGAGGUGUUGCUGAGGUAGAUUUUGAGCACUGCAGAGGAUUCGAAGACGCAGAGCAGGCGUGUGUGAGGACCGAGCGGAGCGAGCAUGGCAGCGCGAAGGAGCGGGCGGGCACAAUCUUGUACGGUACACGGAGGCACCAGCUGCUGGUACGACUGGCAGGCUCAGAGAGCAAGGAGGCUGCUGGGGGCGCCGCAGCGCUCUGAAGAUUUUGAGAGCAUUGGGCGCAUUAGCCUGGCCUGGCAGGCCUUAAUCAUUCAGUUGUCGUGUGACGGCACGAACCGUGCGUCAUGCAAAGGCCGUUUUUUAUGUGGCCAACGGCAGGGAUGCAUGAGGCGAGGGUAUUUGGAGUGGCUGCCACGCGCCUAGCCAUGAUUGGCCAGUGGUGCUGUGUUUAGGCUACCCGCCCGAGCCCGUGCCCCUCAACAUCUCAUGCAUGUGUCACCGCCCAAUGCGGCGGCCACGAAAUGAGGUGAUUAUUGAUCUAGGCGGGUGCGAGGGGAUGAGGCGCCAAGGCGCUGACGGCGGACGACAUUCAUGAAGGCAAAGGGUCCGGCGCCUCAUGGCGGCCAUGAAGCGAGGCGCGGUAGGCAUACAUGGAUUGCGGCGGGCGGAGCGGAGUCAAUUAACUUCAUUUGAGGUCAAGAUGUGUGGUGGUGUUGUAAGGUGGCAGGGCCAAGGCACGAGAGGACCUAUCCAUGGGUGCGGCAAUGCUGCACUGCAUGGAGGCUGGAGCACAGGAGGCGGGGAGUGUGGCGCGAUGUUAAUUGUGUGCGUGUCUGUGUGGUAGCACAUGUACGGUAGUGUUGGAAUCUAGUGUGUGCCAUGUGUGCGCCUGUGUGCAUUUUGUGCAGAUGUCAGCCAGGGAACAGGACGGAAUGGAGAUUUCUGACGGCUGGCUAGUUAAGGAAGUGACUCCUAGCUCCAGUUUGAGCUUAUGUGCUUGUUUGUGGGUUGAAGGGAGCUGCUGGUUGCAAGUUGGAUGGCCAGUUCUGUAACGGGCCCCUCCC